ACGCUUGGCUGAGCAAAUGGGACAAGUUCGGGUCGUGGUUAACAUUAACACCUAGAUUACAUCACCCCCUUCUCUCUCUCUCUCUCUCUCUCUCUCUCUCUCUCUCUCUGUUCGAUAAAGAAAGAUGGAAGCUUGCUUAAGGCGAUCGGGGAGACGACUGCUGAAUUCCUCCUUCCCACCUUCUUCUUCUUCUUCCAGAUUUAUAUACCCUAUCUCUUCCGGCUAUUUGGCAGAUUAUAGUCGCAAUGUGUCGACCAUUUCCAUCAAGGGCGCCGGUAAUAUCGUCCGCAAGGGCACCGGAGGAAGAUCGUCUGUUAGUGGUAUUGUUGCGACUGUUUUUGGAGCUACUGGAUUUCUUGGUCGUUAUGUUGUUCAGCAGCUUGCUAAAAUGGGAUCUCAAGUUUUAGUACCUUUUAGAGGUUCUGAGGAUUCCCAUAGGCACCUCAAGUUGAUGGGUGAUUUGGGCCAGAUAGUACCAAUGAAGUACAAUCCAAGAGAUGAGAAGUCAAUUAAAGCUGUGAUGGCUAAGGCUAAUGUUGUUAUUAAUCUCAUUGGGAGGGAUUAUGAAACCAGAAACUAUAGCUUUGUAGAAGUUCACCAUGCAAUGGCAGAACAUUUGGCUGUGAUUGCAAAAGAGCAUGGUGGCAUAAUGAGAUUUAUACAAGUUUCAUGUUUGGGAGCGUCUGAGUCAUCUCCGUCUAGAUUGUUGAGGACGAAGGCUGCCUCUGAAGAAUCUGUUCUCCGAGUCUUUACAGAGGCAACAAUUAUGAGACCUGGUACUCUUAUUGGCACCGAAGAUCGUGUUCUAAAUCGAUGGGCCCAAUUCGUAAAAAAGUGGGGCUUUCUUCCGCUCAUUGGCGACGGAUCCACCAAGAUUCAACCAGUUUAUGUUGUAGAUGUGGCUGCUGCUAUUGUGGCUUCCUUGAAGGAUGAUGGCAGCAGUAUGGGCAAAGUUUUUGAGCUUGGCGGGCCAGAGAUUUUUACUGUACAUGAGCUGGCAGAGCUCAUGUAUGACAUGAUUCGUGAAUGGCCGCGAUAUGUUUAUGUUCCUUUUCCAAUUGCAAAGGCUAUUGCUUCUCCUCGUGAAUUCUUGCUGAAUAAAGUUCCAUUCCCUCUACCAACUCCGGUUAUAUUCAAUCUGGAUCAUAUAAAUGCACUCACACAGGAUACAAUUGUAUCUGAAAACGCUUUAACCUUCAACGAUCUCGGCAUAGUUCCUCACAAGCUGAAAGGAUACCCUGUGGAGUUCCUUUCCUGUUAUCGCAAGGGCGGUCCCUCUUUUGGCGCUACUGCUAGUGAAAGAAUGAACAGCACCGACAUUUAAAACUUGUUUCCGGUUUAUUAAAACAUAUGGAGCUCUGAAUUUUAAAAGGAAAGCAUCUGCUGCUUCUGCUUUCUUUCAAUGGAAGCUGACUUUUAGUAGCUAAGGCUGCAGUUUAAUUUUAUCUAAUAAGCUCUGGGUAUUUUGAGUUUCUUGAUUGUUCCUGCCCAAUUUUUUUAGGGAUAAUUACAUGCAUAGCACCCGAAACAUUGAUAUUUACAAAAACUAGAACCUAGGUGAUAUUUUUGAACUAUGAAAUUGAUGUAUUUAUGCGUGUCGCUAUCAAAUCAUUGAGAAUUUGGUAAAAAUGAAAAAUAUGGG